UUGAACUCGUCCAGACAGUGGAGAAGGCUUUAGUGGAUCUUACUGACCUUGGAGACACGGGGGCCAUAAAAAAAACCCUCUUGUGGUCAAAUCCAUAGAAAGUAAACUUCCUGAGUUCAUGAAACGGGCCUGGCUUGCUUUAGUGAAGGCUCCUGGAAGUGAGGUUACAUCAGAAAAAACACUUUGACAAGCUUCUUGAAUUCCUGAAGAAGGAAGAAGGAAUCUUUUGAGAGACUUGAGCAACUUAGAGUCACAGAAAAAGUGGAAAGGCAAGAACUUGAAUUUGAGAGUGUGUGCAUUGUCUGUGGAUCUGAGAAGCACAAAGGUAAAAUCUUCUUUUGCAAUAAGUUCAAGGAACUGCAUUUCGGAGAAAAGAAAAUAAUCCUGAGAAAACUUGGACUGUGUAGGAGAUGAUUGGUGUAUCAUGAAGAUGACAGCAAAUGUGGAGAUGCAUUUCUGUGCAGGAGAAAAUGAUGCAAAGGAGUAGCCUCUGCAGAUCAUCAUUAUCUUUUCUGUCCCGAAGAGGAGACCAGAUAUGAGCAUGAAGGCAGAGUCAUCCCCAGAGAAGUGAAAAAGGGAAACCGAUUAACUGUGGAACAAGAACAAUUCCUCUCUGAACUUUCUCCUGAAAUGGUGGAAAAGUGUAUCAAAGCGUUUACCAACAAAGCUAUGAGGGAAAGAUCUAAAGAAGGGAAACUAGGACUGUUGAAGGAAAAUGUACUUCAGGAGCUUCCGGUCAUUAUGAUGCUCAAAGAGUUAACAACUAAUGCAGGACAAACAAUUGGAACUCUAAUUGACCUGGCAUCCGACACAAAUUCCAUAACUCAUAAAGCUGCUGACAGGCUCGAAUUGAGUGGAGAAGAAAUCAACCUGGUUGUUCAUGGAGUGGUUAAAAUGGCUAUCCGUGUAAGAACCAAAAGGUAUCUCCUUAGAAUUCGAGUGAGAACACCAGCAGGAUCUGAGAAAGCCCACCAGCUUGUAUGUUAUGGUUUAGAAGAGAUUGCACAAAUGCAUAAGAGUGUGAGUCCACAGCAACUGAAAAAGUUAUUUCCAGAUGUAGACCUGGCAGAACUAAGGAGACCUGAAGAGAUAGAACUUCUUCUCCGUCAUCGGGAAGGAAAGCUUGCACUACAAAGAGUAAAAAUUGUAGGAGAUCUUGUUCUUUGGGACAGCCCACUUGGGGAAAAUGGUGGGUGCAGCGCACCCAGACUUGUUUGAGGAAGUAAGUGUGACUACUUAUGAGUCGAAGACACAUUUUGCACGGUCAAUGAGAACUGCUGUGUUCAAGUAUAACGAAGUUCUCAGAGAAAGUCAACCACUAUUUACCUCCAAAACCCCAAAAGAAAAUAAAAUGACCUGCAUUGAUGCAAAAUGCACAUUUGCAAGUGGCAAAUAAUUUCUUCAUUGGUGGAGCUGGGAUAGCAUCGGAGCUGCAUGUGAGCCAAAGUGUGGCGGCUGCCGCUGCAGGAAGUGCCAGCCGGGAGGAAAAGAGAUGACUUUGGCAGAGGAGAAAGAGCUAGAGAUCAUAAGAAGUGGCCUUACUUAUGUGCAAGUGGAUUCUCAUAGUGAUCGACCAUAUUGUGACGCCAGGGAACCCAUGGAUCCAAGAUCCUGUUUCUCUUCCGUACAACUGGAACGGAGUGGAAUCGACAUUCCUGAGAACCGAGAAGCAGCUUGGGAAGUGGCCUGAGUGGAAGAAAGUUUACACUGGACAGGUUCAUGAAAUGGUUAAGAGAAAUGCCGCGGUAAAGCUAACAAAAUAAAUUCUUGACAAGUGGACUGGUCCAGUCUGGUACGUAAGUCAUUUAGUUGCACCAAACCCACAUUCAGUCACCACGCCUGUGCAUCUUGUGUGGAACAGCAGCCAGAAAUUCAAGGAGCUGAGUAUGAACGACCUCCUGCUGAAAGGACCUGAUGUGUUAAAUUCUAUCAGAGCUGUCCUACUCAGGUUUAGGAAGGGAGUGUUCGGAGUAUUGGGAGACAUCCGAAAGAUGUAUAAUUCGGUAUGGCUGGAAGAACGAGAAAUGCAUCUCCACAGAUUUCUUUGGCGGGAUACACCUGAGGAAGAAAUAGAGGAGUAUACCAUAACCAGAGUUAACAUUGGAGAUCGCCCAGCAGGUUGUAUUGCACAGCUGGCAAUGAGGGAGACCGCUGGUUUAGCAGCUUUUGCUCACAUGAAAGAGGAGCGAAGAGUGCUAGAAGAAGACAGUUAUGUGGACGAUAUCCUCACAUCUGAAAAUGAUCAGAAGAGCCUGGUUGAGAUAGUGAAGGGCAUUGAGGAAAUCCCGGAAGCUGGUGGAUUCUCAUUGAAGGAAUGGGUUUGGUCUGAUCAAAGUGGGAGGUCUGGAUCUGAAAAAACAAACAAAGAGUUUUCAAGCCUGAUUCCUGGGAAAAAUGUGGUGCUUCCUAAUCAGCUGGGUGAAGGGGAUGAUAAAGCCCUUGGAGUUGGAUACCUGGCAGAGGAGUAUAGGAUGUAUAUAAUGACUUCUGUUAAUUUUUCCAAAAGGAAAAAGAAGGUGAGGAUUGGGCAGGAUCUUCUUGAAGAGGAAGUGAGGUUGAGGACACCAAACCCAUUGACGAGAAGAUAUCUAUUGAGUCAGGUGGCAGGACUCUAUGACCCACUUGGUCUCGUCACACCAGCUAAACAGAAGGGCACGAUCCUUGUUAGGAAAGCAUUCCAGGAAGCUGGAAGUGGAUGUCUAACAAGACAUUCAUGGGAUACUGCACUCUCUGAAGGAAUCCGGGGAGAAGCUAUUGAUUUAUUUGAGGAGUAUGUACAACUCCAGAAAGUGAAGUUCCAGAGAAGUCUUACGCCUCCAAACUGGAAAGGAAAAUCAUGGGCAGUCACUUUCUCGGAUGGGAGUGACAAAACCUAUGGGGCAGUAUUAUCUCUUCGAUGGAAUACAAGCCAAGGAGUGGAUGUUCGCUUAGUUGAGUCUAAAGCUCAGAUGGGAAAAAUAACUGAAGAGAAGCAAAUCUCAGUACCGGAGCCAUUUUGGAUGAAAAUGCUGAGCAGACUAAUCACUGAAGGACUAGUAGAUGUUAAAAAGUUCAGUAGUCUGUCAAGGUUGGCAGGAGUCUUUGGCUGGGUGUGGCGCAGCGUGAGGAAAUGGCUAGAGAUAAGACAUACAAAUUCAGCAUUUGAGAAAGGAGAUAUAGUUGGAAUCAGUGGAUUUGUGCUGGCAGUGAAGGAAAGGGAGGACGCUUUGACAGCAAUCUUUUUGGAGGCACAAAAGAGCACAAUGUUUCCUGAGACCACACUCUGUAGAUUGGUUGUGUUUAAAGAAGAAAACACCGGACUUCUUGUGUGCAAAGAAAGAUAUGAAACCUUUGAGAAAGAGAGACUCACCAUUCCAUUAUUACCCAUGGAAACACGAGUAUCAUUGCUACUGGCUAAUGAAGCACAUGAUGCAAAUCAUGAGGAGAUUGCUGGGAUGAGAAAAGUAGCAUGGGUAGUAAAAGGUCGGAGAUUGGUCAAAAGGGUGGUGGAAAGUUGUGUCAUCUGUAGGAAAGCAAGAGCAAAGAAGUCCAGGCAGAUUAUGAGUGAUCUCCCACCUGAAAGGAUUGGACCAGUUGCACCCUUUGAAUUCAUAACAGUGGAUCUAUUCGGUCCCUAUGAGGUGAAAGAUGAAGUGAGGAAAAGGGUGCGACUGAAGGUCUGGGGAGUUGUGUAUUGUUGCAUGGCUUCAAGGGCUGUUCACACAGAUGUUGUGAGCGAUCAAUCCACUGAGGGUUUCCUGUUGUCUUACAAGAGAUUCACUGCUUUGAGAGGACACCCCAAGAAAGUGUGGUCAGAUCUAGGUUUAAACUUUGUGGGAGCACAGUCAGCCCUGAAAGAUCUUUAUGAGUUUCUGGAGUGAGUAGAGAAACCGGAACUUGAAGAGGAAGCCGGGAAACAUGGAACUGAGUGGUCGUGGAAGUUUCAUCCAGCUAACUCACCCCAUAGAAAUGGAGCGGCUGAAGCUGCUGUUCGUGUGGUGAAAAGAGCUCUUCUUAAUCUAGGAGGUGAUGGUAUUUUCACGUGGGGAGAAUUCCAGACUUUUCUGUAUAUGGCAGCAAACCUGGCAAACGAAAGGCCCAUAGAUGCACGAACUCAAAGUCAUGAGUAUUGUUUGGAGUAUGUUACACCGAACUCCCUGUUGUUGGGGAGAGCAAGUCCAAGAAGAGAUCCAGGUGAUUUCGAUUUUGCAGGAUACCCAUACAAGAGAUUAAGAGUUAUCCAAGGAGAAGUUAAUAAGUUCUGGGAAAAGUGGAGUCAACUAGCAGGACCGAACCUGUUCAUAAGAAGUAGGUGGCACACAAAGGAAAGGAAUGUUGCCGAAGGAGACAUUAGCUGUGUCCAAAUUCAGGGUCUGCAUCCUCCUUAGGAUCCUUCCUACCCGGUUGAAGGAGGAUGGGUCCUCCGACAACCGCAAAAACCGGAAGUCGGUGUUUGUGAAUUUGGACAGCCUACCCUUCUUUCAGUUCCCUCCCUUACCCGUUGCUCAUAUCCUGUCGCCUAGCAACCGUGACAGCGCUAAGCAAGACGCGGGUGAAGAGCUCAUCGUUCUCUCCCCGGAGCUUUAUAAACACUUCUGUCUGCUCUUUCGUCCUUAGAAGCGUUAAAAACAGCUUCAAUCACUAACAAAUAAGCUGUGUGUAAGGGGAUAUUCACACAGGCAGUAAGGAACAA